AUGGGGUGUGUAUUUUGUAAGAAAAAUGGUGAAACUUAUGAAUAUUAUUCUACUCAUGUGUUAAAAGAUAAUAGGGGUAAAGUUGUGUGCCCUAUUUUGAGGAAAUAUACAUGUCCUACUUGUCAAGCUACUGGAGAUAGUGCUCAUACACAACGUCAUUGUCCGCUACUGAAUGCUAAAGGGUUUGGAAAAUAG